CAUAAUAAUCGAGCGCUCUCGAGUUUCCUGCAUGUAAUGCCUGGUAUUAUGGCGUCGUCCACUGCAAGGGCAUUUCAAACAGUAAAGCCACAUAUUCCACUAAUAAAGUUUCGUUCUGGAAAACAGACGGCAGCCAACCCUGCAAUAGUGACCUCAACUUCUCAAACAAAUACAGAAAGUUCUCCAAUCACCUCUAAAGGGACAAAUGUUGCAAGCCCAGGAACCACUCUAGAACACCACCAAUUACCCAGGAGAUAUGCCAGAAUACCCUUAUCAUUAGAAGAAAUGGAAUAUAUACAGAGAGGUGGUCCAGAUUGACUUUGAAGAAUAAAAGUAAUAGAUAUGUUUUAAAUUAUUAUGUUUAACUUGUAUAUUUAUAACCAAAUGUUGACAGUAAAACCAUCAAAAACGAUGAAUGUGUUCAAA